CAUAGCUACCACCACAUCCACAGCUCGCUGUCUGGACUAUCGCAAGCAGCAUAUUCGUCCCAACAGGCCAGUGAUCGUGUGUCUAUAAAACGCGUGGAAGCAUUGCGCUCGCAGCCGAGGCCCUCAAACGCCAAUAGAACGCGUCUCGUCUCGCUGCCCUUCCGUCGGACAGUAUAUAGGGACCUCUUUCAAGGUUGCUCACCAAUCUAGCAAUUCACAAUAAGGUGCAGACAGUGAGAAGGCAAACCAUCUGCAUUGAGGACCUCAGCGGUGAAUGGAGCAGCCUCAGUCGUUCCCCCCUCAAUCCAACCUCGAGCACCGACAUGACCGGUCCGCGCAAACCUCAUCGUCUCCGUCAUCGUCGCCAUCGCCUCCACAAAGACAGCAGCACCAGUCCAUUACAUCAGCAGCGACUCACGGAAGCGCCUUUUCAUCCGAUGCAUCCUCAGCGGAUGCUGCAUACAACCAGGCGUCUUACAAACUUGCCGAGAUGGGGCUGAGCCAGGCUAAGAACGCCGAGGCCACCGCCCUUGCAUCAAUAGGCAGCGGCGUUGAUGGCGAUGCUGGUCCAUCCCCUCGUCGGGAACAGGCUUCGAUGAGGAUACAAGCGUCGCUGCCGGCUUGCUCGCCGCCCAAGAGAGCGGAAGCUGAAACCCCACGCUCGCGUCCAGCAGCGGCGAUCUCAUCGCCGAAUGGCAGGUCUCCAGGCCAGCCUGAUUCUUGCGGCCUAUCAUCGCCUGCUGGGCUCUCUCCCGGUGGUGGCGGCGGCGGAUUGCAUAUCAGCCUGCCGCCUAACUAUCCAGCGCUCGGACAAAACGUUUUUUCACCCACAGCCAAAUCUUCUAAGGCCUCAUCGCCGGUGACGGCCAUUGUCGGCAGUAGUGGUUCGACUUUUUCCAGCGGAAGUGGCAUGGCCGCGCCAGUUACUGCAAGGAACGACGAUGUGUCGGAUUUGGAGGAUGCUGUCGAGUCUUUCGCUGGGGACCCAAAGGGGCACGAGAAGGGACAAGGCUGGCCGAUGUCAGCGCCUUUGCAAACGACGUUGCAGAGCUUUAAUGCCUCGAGAGCUGCACCUUCUAGAGAUGGAAAAGAGCAGGGCAAGAGCGGCGCGCUUGGGCAAGGGGGCUCGGCCCGGGCGUCCAGGCAUCAGACGAGCGGGCCUGUCCCUGCCGGUCUCGAGUACGCUUCACUCGAGUGGAGUCCACACAAGCGGCUGACAUCUGUAGACCCGCUCAGCAGCGAGUCAGGCGGGCGGACGGGGAUGGCGGUCAAGUCUUCCGCACAGAGCAGCGGCAGGCUCGCAGGCGGCUCAUCCAAGGAGGAGCGCAGUCCUAGCACACGUAUGACACCGCGCAGGAGUGGGGUGCUGGAUGUCAAUGGCUCGUCAGCAGCAUUGCAACAGCAACAAGAGAGUAAAGCAUUGGCCAAGAUGGCAAAAGAUGGCGGAGACUUCAGCCUUCCUCCCGCCAUGUUGAGCUCUGGGCGGAAAGCUUCGGUCAGCCUGCAACUCUUCAAGGAAACUGGCUCAGCCGGGGUCAUCCCUCAGCUAGCAUCGUCAAAACUGGGAAAAGAAGCAGCUGCAGCUGCCAGUGCCGUGGCGAGUAGCCGGUCGCCACGGGCAACAGCGAUGGCUGCAACAUCAGAAGCAGCUGAGUCUGCUGCAGCCCCUUCGUCCUCCUCGGCGGCUCGUUCUUCGUCCAUGUGGCCUCCUGCUGUUCCAUCAUCAAUUAUCAGCAGCGAAAGACGCGCGGAUGCCACCAGCACUGCUGCUGCUCAUGAGCCCAGCGCACCUGGCCACCUGAAUCCGGCGCUGCGCAGCCCGUCUGCAGACGUGUUCAAUGCGUCUUCGCAGCAUGCCAAGGAGCCGACGAUGGAGCCUAGUCUUUCAGAGCAGAGUCGUCCGCUCGAGGUCGAGAGCCGAACCGUUGAGACGCUUCUCUCAACUGUCACAUCAAAAGGCGGCAUUGUGGGCAUCCAGCCUCAUGGUCGGAGCUUCGUGCCGUCUCAGGGGGAUGCCACCGAUUCGGAGGAGCAGUGGUCCGCGACGGAAUUCGAGGAGACCGAGAGCGAGGACGACCAGAAUGACUGGGGGGUCGGAGAAGAGGGAAAUGCAGGCGAGUAUGCGAGCCCGUCCUUUAGCCCGGACUUCGAGGGCUUUGACAUGGAUAGGAGGAUACGCGCUCGGCCUCGCUCGCGACAGCGCCAACUUGCAGCGGGCGUGGAGCCGAGUGAGGGGGGGCAGCUUCGCGGAUCAAUCGUCAUUCCUUCGCCAUCCGCCUCGCACCCUCCCUCUCCCCAUGAGCACCGACACAGUGCGCACAGCGCACGUGCGCCCGCCGUGGUCCAGCUGCAGCCGUUCAACAACCAGGUCGGCGGGCACAGCUCCAUCUUCCGCUUCUCGAAGCGCGCUGUCUGCAAGCCGCUCGUCAGCCGCGAGAACCAGUUCUACGAGGCGGUCGAGAGGGACCAUCCCAAGCUGUUGCAAUUCAUCCCGCAAUACCUCGGCGUGCUCAACGUCACGUUUAGACAUGUGGAUCCCGCUGCGAAGGAGAAGGGCUGGCGCGGAUCCGAAGGCGACCCCUCCCGUGCCGCUGCUGCCACUGCUGGUGUCAAGAGCGGGUUCUCGCCACUGCAGCAGCCGUCGUCGCAGCCGCAGCAGGGGAAACGCAAGAUUUUCCAAGGGCAGCAGGACAAUGACGAAGAGGUCCCAGAAGUGGCCGUCGAGCUGAACAGGCACAUAAUGCCCGAAUGGGUCCUCCGAAGAAGCGGAUGCAGCUUCCGCCAGGGCAAUCAGCGCACUGUGUCUCUCCACCAGACGCACAGCCACGACUCGAGUCGAUCGAGACUGCAGCAACAGCAAGCGCAGAACCGAUCUUUCGAGCGUGCGACUUCCGAGCAACCUCCGCUAAUGGCUCCGGCUGUAGAUCGGGCAUGGUCGCCUGCCAUACUGGAUUCGCCGGCGCUAGGCACGGCAGGGAUCAACACGCCCCCACUAUCCUCCAGCCCAAUGACACCCGGUGCCUCACCUUUGACCUCCUUCUCUCCCGGUGGCGCCGACUAUGUGUCUCGGGGGAUGCCGGGCUCCUUCACGCCGAUCGAUGGGGGCGUCCAGUCCGGUAGCACGCCACCUGCAGGCGGCUACCCGGUUCACGUCUUUGGACGCGGUAGCACGGCCGUCAAUCGGCGAUUGCAGGAGCAAGUGCUCCGGGAGGUCUUCAGCAAGGACCCCACCAAGCGUGGGCGCCGCGUGUCCAAACGAAGCCAUGCGGACGGCAUUCACCCGUCCGCUGGCUCCUACGGUACGCGCGGCAAAUCGGAAUCGCGCGAGCGUGCAGCAGCGACACCAGGCGGAACAGGGACGCCUAAUUCGGAGCGACGGGCUCCCGGCUCAAUGGAUACCUCACCCGGGGGCUCGAGACCACCCACGGCGACGGGCGAGCACGAGCCGUGGCCGGAAGGCGGACCACAUCGACCCCGACGCGCGCACAGCGACGCCACGUUGCCGCUUCAGAACCUUUCGCUUAGCUCAGCCACGCCUGUACCGUCCAACAGCCAAUCUGCGGUGAAACGCUCCCGUUCUCCCGAGGCCAAUGUAUUUGAGAUGGAGGAUGUCGAAUCAGCAUCGACAGCGCCACCAGAAGUUAAGGAGCACAUCGCAUCGCCACCGCUGCUGCCGAGGCACCACGAAGAGCACGACGAUGUGGCAAGGCAAGACCAUUUUCUCUUGAUGGAGGAUCUGACUGGAAGGCUGCGUUCGCCUUGCGUGCUGGACCUGAAAAUGGGCACGCGCCAGUAUGGCCUGGAUGCCACGGAAGCAAAGAAGCACAGCCAGACGUUGAAGUGCGACAAGACCACCAGUCGCACCCACGGUGUGCGUAUCUGCGGCAUGCAAGUGUUUGAUUGCACAACGGAAUCGUACAUUUUCCAAGACAAGUACUAUGGUCGGCAAGUUGCGCCUGCGGACUUCCCACGCGCUUUGGGCCGCUUCUUCGACAAUGGGGAAGUACUGAUGUUGCACCACUUCCCGUCGAUCGUGCAACAGCUCCGUCAGCUUGCACGAAUUGUCCACGGCCUUAAAGGGUAUCGCUUUUAUGCAAGCAGCCUGCUCUUUAUUUACGAUGGCGCGCACGAGAUCCAAGUCAAGCUGAUGCAGGAUUUCGAGCAGCGUAUCAAGCACGGCAUAGCGGGUGUUCCUCUCUCGACGAUCGACAGUGCCUCCGCCAGCCCGGCGAUGCUGCCGGUUGACGCGCAAUCCGGAGGCAAGCUCGUGCCGCCAUCCUUGCUCUCCGUCUCGUCCGAGUCGAGCAAGGCUGGCAGCGGAACAGCAUCACCGCUGAUGGACGGGUCGAAGAAAGCGCGUAGGAGGAAAGGCGAGAUGAAGAUCCGUAUCAUCGAUUUUGCACAUUCGACCACCGGAUCAGACUUUCGCAAUCCAAACGAGGAGGCGCCGAAAGAGCUGAUCGAUCCCGACGAGUAUUUUGCCCGUCCGGUCGUGCGCUUCCCGCCGCGUCUACACGAAGGGCCGGACAGCGGCUACCUGUGGGGUCUGAAGAAUCUGUGCGCGUCGUUCGCGGAGAUAUGGAAGACGGAGCGCAAAAAGCGAAUCGAUGCGGCGCUCGCUGCGUUAGGUACUUCAGCUGCAGAUGAGGAGAAAGCUCAGACCCGGCGCGCGGUGGAUAUUGGCGAUUUGCGUGUUGACGAUGAGGAUGUCUUCCAUGAGAUCUUCGGUGAUAGUCCCGAAGGGUUGAAAGGUUACGUAUCCACUUGACCCCAGGGGUCCGGAGGGGUCACUAAUCCGAUUCAGAUAUACUGUAUAUUAGGAUUGGUAUAUGCACACAACUGUAUUGCCC